GCCCCCUAAAAUUGUUAUAAAGAUAAAUAACGUAUCUUUCUCAGAAUGUUGCAUUGAAUCCACUAACAUAUUUCCCUAUCUCUAUCUAAAAGUUUGUCGUCGACGGCAUCUGGACAACCGACCAUAGUGUUCCUGAAGAAGACGACGGUAACCACAACAUCAACAACGUACUCUAUCCUACUCAGAUUCGAAAAGAACGCACCACUUCGAACUUACAAAACGGCUCUGCAGUAAUGGCUGGUGUUACCCCCGAUUCUACAACUGCUGCACUGGCCGGCGGAGUGCCGAAACAAUCCGGCAAAGAUAUCCUCGGCGAUGCCGCCUUCUCGUCCACUGCCCCCGGUUCAACCACCGCGGAGCUUGCCAAGCAUGUUCCUCUCGAGCAGAGGGCCAAUGUACCUGGGACAUUCCCUGCAACCCCAGGAUCGGAGGCCGACCAGUUCUCUGUGAACCCCAUCCCUGCCUCGAGUGGUGCAGGUAACCCGAUCAAGCUACGGCCAGGCGAGAAGGUGCCUGAUCCUAGCACUUUCAAUCCCAACACUAUCCAUUCCACCGUUCGAACAGAUAAGGCCGGCUAUGAACAGGAUGCUAGCUACCCUUUGACUGGCGGCCAGUCAAAAGAAGCCAACGCCUUUGCCGUUCCCCCCAUUUCGGGAAACAUGAUUCCUGAGUCUAGCCUUCCCAUGGGCCAGGCCAGCCAGGGGACUGCAGACCCUUUCACUAUUCAAUCAGCAGCACCGACAUCUACUACUGCAGGUCUCGCUGGUGCCGUUCCUCUCGAGUCGCAGAAGAGGCAGACCAACAUUGAUUCCGGAGCCCCUGUGGGCGAUGUUCCGGAAGUUGUGAGGCACUCAAUCUCCGAGGCACACGUGGACCCUGAAGCAGCUGCCACCAAGAAGGCUGUUGGGGAGAAAAGGGAGAUGGAGCAUGAGCUUCAGCGGAAAGUUCCCGUCGAUGAGUCUGCGGGUACGCCAGCGCCCACUACUGGUCUCACUGCGGCUACCACCGAAACCGCACCACAAGUCACCAGGGCAGAACCCGAUUCGGCCCAGCUAUCCCCGCGGGCGACGACUCCGACGAGAAAACCUGAUACGACUUCCGAAGCGGGGCCGACCGUCACAACUGGGCCCGAAACCACCAAGGCGCCCGAAGUGUCCGGACCUGGUAGCGGCUCAGCUGCCCCAACCGCUGGUGAUACUGGAACGAGUGCAACUAAGACUGCCGACGAGCCCACAGGCCCUCAAAAUACGGCCGCGGGUGCAACAACCGAGCCGACAUCUGCAACCAAGGACAGCACGCGCAAGGAUUCUGGAUCUUCGAAUGGAACCCCAUCCCAGAAGAAAAAGAAGAGCCGUGCCAGCGCAUUCUUCAGUAAGCUCAAGGAGAAACUCACUUAAGUCCUUUGUAGCCAGGAUAUAGGAAUGAUGCGUUAUCUUUAUUGUUAUAGUCAUGACCCGGUGCUGACGGACUGGAUGACUCAAGACUGGCGGGCGGAGGUGCUACUACUUGAUUAUUGACCUGGAUACCAUUUUUGUUUUGUUGGUUUUUGCCCUGCAUGUCUUUUAUACCUAUUUUGUUUGUUAUCCGGUUCGAAGUACUAUUUUUUGUUCCUACUAAUAAGUUUAAUCCAACACUCGUGUUUGAGAAUGAUGAUCACCAUCCCAUCGUAGUCCCAUUCCCCUGUCAUUAUCCAACCCCAAAUAAAGAGGCAAGUCUAUUAUCAUACACCCAGUCCCUAUCAUAUCGGUAUAACCUGGUUCACCUUCUGAUUCAACGUCACGGGGUACCCCAGCAUACUACG